GAUCAAUUAAUCCAAAUCAAGUGCCUCAAGGCCCUAACCCUAGGCCACAAAUGAAUUGUAAGGAAACAAGAAACAUAGAUAAAACGUUGAUUACUUGUAACGCCUAUAACAUGUGGAGAGCCUGAAGAAAGAAGCGCUAUUCUGGAAACAUCAAGGAAGCGCAAGUCGCAUUAUGGGAACGAUGAGGCCACCAAUAUAGGGGGAGAAAAAAUGAAGUCUCUUCCCGCAAAGUCAGUAGCGGUGUUCGCAGUCACUUUCGGCAUUACCAUUUCCUUCGUGCUGCUCCAUCACCCAAACCCCUCUCCUGUUAAACCCGAUCCAAUGGCACGGAGCUUCGUAUUGUGGUUGCAUGGGCUGGGCGAUUCGGGCCCCGCCAACGAACCCAUCAAGUCGCUCUUCACUUCCCCCGAGUUCAGGAACACCAAAUGGUCUUUCCCUUCUGCUCCUUCCAAUCCCGUCACUUGCAAUUACGGUGCUGUGAUGCCCUCAUGGUUUGACAUUCACGAGAUACCAGUGACAGCUGAAUCUCCAAAAGAUGAAGGCAGUGUGCUUAAAGCAGUUCAGGAUGUUCACUCAAUGAUAGACAAAGAGAUAGCUGCCGGCACCAAUCCUAACAAUGUUUUUAUAUGUGGUUUCAGUCAAGGAGGUGCCUUGACAUUGGCUAGUGUUCUGCUGUAUCCAAAAACUCUAGGUGGAGGUGCAGUGUUUAGUGGAUGGGUACCAUUUAAUUCUUCAAUGUUAGAAAGAGUCACAGCAGAUGCAAGAAAGACACCUAUCCUGUGGUCCCAUGGAAUGGCUGACAGAACCGUACUCUUUGAAGCUGGACAAACAGGUCCACCCCUUCUUGGAAAAGCUGGUGUAAGCUGUGAAUUCAAGGCUUACCCUGGUCUUGGUCACUCCAUAAGUAAUGAGGAGCUCCGUAAUCUGGAAUCAUGGAUCAAAUCACGUCUUCAGAGUUCAUCCUGAAGUUUCCAGACCCAUGAAUUGCUAUCCAUAAUUGUCACAGCCCCGCAAGCUGUAGUUCAUCAUAUUAAUAUGUUAUCAAUGGUGAGACAAGAUGUGAAUUUAUUUCCCUUGCAUCAACUUGGAAUUCUGUCUGGUCAACAGUGAUAUCUAUACAGACUGUUUCUUCAGCAUUUGAA